AUGCCGGAUGCGGUCGACGGCCUAUAUUUGGUCCGCUUUGUCUCCGUCGUCCCAACAAAAAGACCGUCGACGUCAACUCCUGGCUUGAUCGGUCCCCUGCAUGUAUUGUGCAGUUAUCCAUCUAAUCUAUCAGCGAAGAUUGAGCAGAUGUACCGGUAUAUAGAUCUGGCGUCGCCGCGAGCCUGGCGAACGGUGACUGUCGUUCUCUGCUUCCUCAUUGCGGCCGCAACGCUGUUCAAACUGCAGCGGCAUUUCUCAAUCACAGGCCAUGCUCAUCCUUCUUCGUUCCAUCGUGCAGACCCGGUAGAUUGGUCUCGCUUCGCAUACACCCAGUAUGCCACGAAUACCGCGUACCUUUGCAACUCGGUCAUGCUCUUCGAGACGCUGCAUCGCUUGGACAGCAAGCCCGAUCGCUUGAUGAUGUAUCCAGACAGCUUCUCCGUUGAUGCGCAGGGCCCGUCGAGAGAGAGCCGGCUGCUUCGCAAGGCGCGGGAUGAGUACGGCGUGAAGCUGGUGCCUAUUAAAGUGCAGAGUCGCGUUAGUGGUGAUGUCACUUGGGCAGAAAGCUACACCAAGCUCCUUGCUUUCAACCAAACCCAGUACGAGCGAGUCCUGAGUCUAGACUCGGACGCAACUAUUCUCCAGUCCAUGGACGAACUCUUCCUCCUCCCACCGUGCCCCAUAGCGCUUCCCCGAGCAUAUUGGCUAAACCCGGAGGACCACACCCUUAGCUCGCAACUCAUGCUGAUCGAGCCGUCCGCCUUCGAAUUCAGCCGCAUCAUGGUCGCCAUCUCAUCCGCCGGCCCAUCAGACUACGACAUGGAGAUCAUCAACAACCUCUACAAACACAGCGCGCUCAUCCUGCCGCAUCGUCCUUAUACCCUGUUGACCGGCGACUUCCGGGCCAAGUCCCACGCCGCAUACCUGGGCAAUGAGCUGGAAGUGUGGGAUAUGGAUAAUGUACUGAAGAAGGCGAAGUAUUUGCAUUUUUCGGAUUGGCCGGUCCCGAAGCCCUGGCUUGCGGGCAGUGCCUCCACCUCCGCGGUUGUUCAAGAGCAACAGCCUACUUGCGUCUUUAAUGAAGCGACCGGGCAAAACGAUGAUUGUCGGGCUCGAGAUCUCUGGCUAGGGUUCUAUGCCGAUUUUGCUGCUCGGCGCAAGGAUGUCUGUGGCUCUGAUUUGAGCGUCGCGUAG